GCGCGGACCUGUUUCCGGGAAACGUUGCGCGGGCAGCGCACGGGGCGGCGCCGUUCCCUUGUUCGCCAUACUUGCACAGGAGCGCAAAGCAACGAACGCACUUACUGCAAAGGCACCUGAAAUCACUACUGCAUUUAAUAUAAAGACAUGGCUGAGGAUGAGGUGACUCCGGAGCAGCUAGCAGCCAUCGCCGCUGAAAAUGAGGAGCCAGAGCCAGUGAACUACAAGGCACCAGCUCAAAAGACUGUGAAAGAGAUCCACGAGCUGGAUAAGGAUGAUGAGAGCCUACGCAAAUAUAAGGAAGCCCUGCUUGGCUCUGGGGUCACUGAGGCUGGUAAUGGUGUGUAUCCCAGUGCUCCCAAUGUCCAGGUGACCCGAAUGACUCUAAUCUGUGAAAGCGCCCCAAACCCCCUGGUCCUGGACCUGCAAGGAGACCUGGAAGCCUUUAAGAAGCAGGCCUUUGUUCUGAAGGAGGGAGUUGAAUACAAAAUAAAGAUCAGCUUUAAGGUGAACAGAGAGAUUGUUUCAGGUCUGAAGUAUGUGCAGCAGACAUACAGGAAAGGAAUGAAGAUCGAUACAUCAGACUACAUGGUGGGCAGUUACGGGCCUCGUCCCGCUGAAUAUGACUUCCUGACCACGAUGGAGGAGGCUCCUAAAGGCGUGCUGGCCCGUGGCAACUAUGUCAUCAAAUCCAAGUUUACUGACGACGACAAGCACGACCACCUGUCCUGGGAGUGGAACCUCAACAUCAAGAAAGACUGGAAAGACUAAAAGAGGCCUUUGUGUUUGGGAGGUCGAGGGAAUCAAAAUCCCUCAGCCCCGUGCGUUCCUCAGCCGCUCCUCUCAUCCCCACCCUGUGUCCGCCAUUUCUGCCUUCUUUGUUUUUACUUUGUCGUGCAUUUCAUUGCUCUCAUGCCUUAGUUCCCACUUCGCUGUCCUAACACCCCGGCGUCCUUCCAGCCUCUCUGUCAGCAUUGGUAGCAGCAGCAGUAGCAGCAACCCCCCCCACCCCACCCAGUCCGUCCAACAUGUCCCUACCUGCCCGAAGUUUCAUUGGUCGCACACGAGCCACCACUGCUCACCAACCUACCAUCCUCCCUCAGUCCAACCAACCCCCCACCCCCCCAAUGAGCUGUGCCACGUAGCACCUUACUCUUUCACACCCGAGCCCUUUUCUUUUUUCCCCUUUUUUUGCUGCUUGAAGAGAUUAACCCCACCUUCCAACUUUCCAGAAUGGUGUCUUCCUCUCAGUAUCAAGUACAUGUGGAAAAGCAACUGUACAAUCAACUUUUGUUUGCCUUUUUUAUAUAAUUGUAUCAAUGGUUGUGUAAUGUGACUGUAUUCACAUCACUGUUAAUCAGCUGUUGUGUUCAUAGCAGGCCCCACCACAUCCACCUGCCCCCCUUGCUACAUUCAGCAUUCCUUUGCUUGACUACUUGCUUGCUGUCUUUUGAUAUAAUUACCAGUACCUGCCUUGUAAAAACAAUUCAUUCAGAGCUGCUCUUCAGCGCCUCCCUCUCUUCCCUAAAUGUGUUCACCCACUCCCCUUUAGAGGGGGACUGGGGCCAAAGUGAACAAGGGAGUCAAAAGUAUAAGGAUAAAAAAAAAAAAGAAAAAAAAAAGCUGCCUUAUGUAUCGACUAAUGUCUAAGCUUACUCAUGUCUGUUUAGCAUGCCUUGUGUGUACGAGCAGCGCUUUCUAUCAAGUAUUCUGUAUAUCAAGGGCUUACUCUCGCUACCAACUAAUCUGUAGCCCUGUUGUAGGGGAGACUGUUUAUACAGGUUACUCAGAUACAGCUCUGCACACACCCACUGCCCCCCCAAAAAAAAAUAAACCAACCUUGUAAUUGGAGGGGACUGAAUGUCAAGAAUCAGAGAAUCGAAACCAAACCCAGUGAAAAUCAUUAUUGGCACUCUUGUUCCUUUUAGCCAUGAGGCCUUAGCACUAACUAUGAUCAUGUGGAGAUAAACAGCGACCAACAUUACUAAUUUAGACUUUUUUUUAUUUCUUGUUCCUCCUUUGCCUUAAUGUACAUCAUUCCCCUACAAAGCCACCCCCCACCCCCCCCACCCCGCUUGUUCAGAUAGCUUCAUAACUCGUAGCCCACAGUCAGGAGAUCCCAAGUGUGGAGUAGUACCAGAGAAAGCACAGAAGGAGGCUGAGCCAGGCACCGUCUGCUGCUGCCGGAGACCUCGACGGUGUCUGGCCUCACCCACAGACAGACACUGGCAGUGAAGGGAAAAAUACUGACCAGGCCUUCAGCCUUUUUACCCAGUGGCCCUCUCCGAAAGAGACCUCAGUGACAUGAAGGGUCAAGCGACACUACUAGAGAAACACGUGCUCAAUAUUUUAUCAGGGAGCAGAGUUUUAAAACACAACUGACCGGUCACAUUAAAUUGAAAUCAACUUGUACUGUACCAGAACAUAUGGAUGUAAUACUUUUUUUUUUUUUCUUCUGAUAAUGAUAACUGUGUAUUCCUGCUCCAUACAUUCCUUCACAUUGUACAGUUUCUAUGAAAACGCUGGCAUGCUGGUGGGGUUGUAUAUUCUAUCAUCAUUUGUGAUUGCUCUUCUCGGUCAAUAAAGAUUUUGCUCAA